CAUCAGUCAUUUUACUGAGCCUCUGAGGAACACACUGACAGGCUGGAUGGAAGAACGGGCAGCGGUGGAUUAUGAUACACCCCUCUGACGAGCUGAAAACAUGGCUGUGUGUAACACUAUCCUGUGGUGUGUCUGGCCUACUUUAAUCUUACUGUGGAUGUGGGAAGCUGGCUGUGACAUUCAAUAUCAAACAGAGGAGGUGGAGAUUUUCCAUUCUGAUAAACAGACCAAACUGGGAUGGAAAUCUGACCCACCCAGACAAUGGAGUGAAAUUCAGCUCAAAGUGGGCACACAGAGUCCAGUGCCUGUGCUCCAAGCUUGUGGAAAAAUCGCGACGAGAACUAUUUUGAGCAAGCGGAUGGAACGGAAAGAUGCCCACCAUCUCCUGAUGGAUAUUUCGUUUGCCCAAGAAGAGGAGCCAUCUGGUCAGCUCGGCCCAUUACAAGUCCAUCUUUUUGACUCAGACAUACCAGUCCCAAGAUUUCAAUAUGGCUGGAACAUGCUGGACCUUCAGACCUCAAGUCCGUUCCCUGUCACAGUCCCUCCAGACCAAAUAUCCCGCCACCUGAACCGCAGCCUGGCUCUGAGCCUCGGCUCUGUCAGCCGCAGAGGCUUUCAGCUCGCCUUCUCCUACUCAGGAACAUGUGUGCUGAUAGCAUCCAUCAGACUGUACUACAGGAAGUGCCCUGACAUUGUGUCUCACCUUACCUCAUUUAAUGGGACAGGGGCCCUGUCAGGUCCCCUGAUGGGUGCCUGUGUGAAGGGAGCUGUGGAGGUUUUUCCACCUAUUAGGGAGUGUACUGUAGAUGGAGUAUGGAGUCCACUGCAGGGGGGAUGUACCUGUAAACCUGGACGUCAAGUUGUGGAUGAAACCUGUGAAGCAUGUAGGAUGGGCUACUACAAACCAGCCAAUGAGAGUGGAGGAUGCCAGCUGUGCCCAUCAAAUACCAGGACACAUGGGGAGGGAUCAGAGAGGUGCGACUGUCUACAAGGUUUAAGCCGCCUGCCAGCCGACCCUGAUGACCUCGGCUGCACCAAGCCGCCCUCUGCUCCUGUGAAUCUAACAGCCCAUCAUCAUAAUGACUCUAUGCUCAUACUGACGUGGGAUCCUCCUCAUGACUGGGGAGGCAGACAGGAAAUGAUGUAUCGCGUCAAGUGUGAGAAGAAGGCAGAGGACGGCAUUCGCUGGGAGGCAUGUGGGGACAAUGUGGUUUUCCUGCCAGACUCAGUGAAGCUGACCAACACAUCAGUCAGCAUCACAGAAGUGAAUCCACAGUGUGACUACAGACUGUCAGUGCAAGCCUGGAAUGAUAUAUCCACACUGCAGGGGGCGCCACCUUCAUCCACUGCCACUGUUACUAUACACAGAUGGAAAGUUCCACCUGUGGUGAUCACUGUGACCCCACCCUUCAACAUCUCAAAGCAUGAAAUACCACCAGCUCCUCAGCACCAGAGUCGCUUUUCCAUAUGGCUGACAAUUGGUAUUUUAUUCGGCAUCCUGUUGCUCAUGGCUCUAAUCCCCAUUGGUCUGUGUGUCCUGCGCAGCAACUACACUAAACUCAGGUCUGACCAGGAAGUAGAGCUAUUGCCGAUGAACGCUGAAUUUUCUUACCGACGUCCACAGGAGGUGGAGGCUGCACUCCAGCCAGCCAACACGGUGGAGGGUGUGGUCCAGUUAUUGGAGGGGCUCAGUGGCAGGCUGUUGGACAGUCUUAAGGAGGUCCUGGUAGAGAGACACCAGCUCACCCUGGGCAAGGAGCUUGGCAAAGGAGAGUUUGGUUCAGUCUAUGAAGGGGUCUUUACACCAGAUGAAGGCGUGGACAUCAAGGUGGCUGUGAAGACCAUGAAAGUUGGAAUCCACAACCAGGAGGACUUACAUGAGUUUCUGAGAGAGGCAGAUAUCAUGAAGAACUUUGAUCAUGAAAAUGUGGUCCGACUACUCGGGGUUACGCUACAGAGAGAGCAGGACUGUCCUCUGCCUGUUCCUCUGGUCAUCUUGCCCUACAUGAAACAUGGAGACCUGCGCCGCUUCCUUAUUGCUACAAGAUAUGGUGAAAUCCCUAUGUUUGUGCCCCAUCAGAGUCUCCUGCACUUCAUGAUUGACAUUGCAACAGGGAUGGACUAUUUGAGCUCACAGGGGUUCCUGCAUAGAGACCUGGCUGCACGCAACUGCAUGCUGGGGGAUGAUCUCAGGGUGUGUGUGGCUGACUUUGGACUGUCAAAGAAAAUCUACAGCAGCAAUUAUUAUCGUCAAAGAGUAGCCAUCCGAGUGCCAAUCAAGUGGAUGGCCAUGGAGAGCCUGUCUGAGUCUGUCUACACUACCAAAAGUGACGUGUGGUCUUUCGGGGUGACCAUGUGGGAGAUUGUGUCCCGAGGGAGGACUCCCUAUCCUGGAGUUCACAACCAUGAACUGCUGGACCUGCUGCUGUCUGGACACAGGCUCAAACCGCCCGAAGAUUGUGACCAAAAACUUUAUGAAGUCAUGCAUAGCUGCUGGGAUAAGGAACCGACCCGCAGGCCUUGCUUCAGGAAACUGGGUGAGACACUGAAAGGUCUUCUGUCGGAGCUGCCGGUGCUGGAGGCCAGCCAGGAGGCCAGCUACAUCAACUAUGGCCUGGAGGUUGCUGCUGCUGCUGCUGCGGCAGCUGCCUCUCAAGAGCCACAGACAGAUUCUGGGGGAAGAUGGGAAAAUGUCUACCUGCCAUCUCCUGUGGGUGCUGCUGCAGCCAGGGAUGAGGAUGUGGAUGUAGAGGAUGGCUACCUAAAGUUUAUUACUGGCUCAGCAGAUAAGGAAGAUGAUAAUCACUGAAGAGGACAGUGUUUUUAUAAGUUACAAAAUGGAAUUCUGUUUCAGUGUGGCUUUCUCAUGAACCGUGAGUUUGAGAGAGACAGAUUUUGCAUGUGUGCAUAGAUCACUCAGGGACAUUUCCAGGCUGGGAGGGGACAGCCAGAGAUGGAACAGGCUCUAAUCAUCUGACUGACCAUAAUUGGGUACCCCCUUACCAAAUAUGGAAGUUUAUAUAGAGAGAGCAACAGAAACUAAAAUUUAUUUUUGCACUUUUUUAAAAUUGUUGUAUAUCUGUAUUGUAUAGCUGUCAAAUAUGGCAUGUCAAAUAUGAAAUAUAUAAAAAAUGAAGAGAUACUAAAUUAAAAUUAUGAGAUUCAAAGUGAAAAUUUUGACCUUUUGUAAAGUGAUAAUGAUAAAAACAUAGUAAAAGUUAUAGGAUAAUUCAAAACUUAUCUCAAAAUUUUGACACAAAGUCAAAAUUUUUACUAUUGCAUAUUUAAGACUUAGUAUCUAAUAACUACAAUGUUAAUUUUGAUGUAUUACUUUAUAAUUUUGACCUACCGCUGUUACUACUUUGUCAUUCUGAGCAUUUAUUUUGUUUGUUUUUUCUUUUUCUGGAGGAAACGGUCUUCUAGAAAUUUGAAUGGAACCAUAGCCUCAGUGGCGCCCCCUGAAACUUUUCAUACAGGUGGUACGGAAUAGCGUACUGAUAUAAUUUGUUUUUUUUAUUACACAGUUAAUGUUACUAAUUAUCUGAUGUGCAUAGACUAAUACUGGUACAGUUAACAUUUUGAGUUGCACAACAAUCCUGUUUUAAUGUUUAUGUAUUUAUACGUGUUAGGCCGGUGGUUCCCAAUCGGUGGGUUGUGGUCCAAAAGUGAGUUACUGGUCCAUUCUGAAUGGACUGCAAAUGACUCACAAAUGUGUCAAGUUUGUAAAAAACACACUUUAUUUUGAAGUACAGUAAAUUUUCUGGCACAGAACUUUUAUUUUGAAGUGCGGUUUCCUGCUGUAGCGUGAGUGACUAAUUGACAGCUACUUAACAGAGACAGCAAACUAGCUCGAUGACAUGGU